CUUAAAUGUUGCUUACAUUAUCAUUUGUUUCGGUUUUACACUUUUUCAUUCAGCUUUAGGAACACGAACUCAUCACCUAAAAUGGUCAGUUGAGUAUAUGUAUUGGUCACCGGAUUGUGUAGGAAAUCUGGUGAUCGGAAUUAACGGCCGAUUUCCCGGGCCAACGAUCCGAGCCCGAGCCGGAGACACCAUCAUCGUGGAGCUUACGAAUAAUUUCCAAACUGAAGGAGUCGUUAUUCAUUGGCAUGGCAUAACGCAGGUAAUUAGUUUGGAACACCUUGGGCUGACGGUGUGGCAUCAGUUUCACAAUGCCCAAUUAAUCCAGGAGAAACUUUUGUUUAUCGUUUCAAAGUUGAUAAAGCUGGAACAUACUUCUACCAUGGACAUUAUGGGAUGCAAAGAUCAGCAGGGCUAUAUGGUUCUCUAGUAGUUGAUGUUGCAAAAGGUGAAAAAGAACCAUUCCAUUAUGAUGGUGAAUUCAAUCUACUAUUAAGUGAUUGGUGGCACAAAGGCUCGGAAGAACAAGAGGUUGACCUUUCUUCCAAACCAUUUCGUUGGAUUGGUGAACCAGAGACAUUGUUAAUCAAUGGGAGAGGGCAGUACAAUUGCUCCCUGGCAGCUCAUUUCAGCAAUAACUCAUCAAAUCUUCCGUCUUGUCAACUAAGAGGCGAUGAGCAAUGUGCACCCGAAAUCCUUCAUGUACAACCAAACAAAACCUAUAGACUAAGGUUGUCAAGUACCACUUCUGUGGUCUCACUCAAUUUAGCUAUUGGGAAUCACAAGCUCGUGGUUGUUGAAGCUGAUGGAAACUACAUAGAACCGUUUGAGGUGGAUAACAUGGACAUAUAUUCAGGUGAAAGCUACUCAAUUCUAUUCAGAACUGAUCAAGAUCCUUCCCAAAAUUAUUGGAUAUCUCUUAGCAUAAGAGGAAGAGAACCAAUAACCCCUCAAGCCCUAACCAUAUUGAAUUACUCACCUACUCCAUCUUCAAAACUUCCAGUUUCUCGACCACCAAUUUCCCCACCUUGGAAUGACUACAACCAUAGCAAGACUUUUUCAAACAAGAUUUUUGCUCUAGUUGGCUCUCCAAAACCGCCACCAUCGUACGAUCGUCGAAUUAUUAUGCUAAACACUCUUAACAUUGUUGAUGGAUAUGUAAGAUGGUCGAUAAACAAUGUGUCAUUUGUCCCACCAGCAACUCCAUACCUGGGAUCAAUUAGGUAUGGUGUAAAAGGUGCGUUCGAUCCCAAAAGUCCACCCGACAGCUAUCCUGUCGACUAUGAUAUAAUGAAGCCUUCUCCAAACCCUAAUGGAACUUAUGGUAACGGUGUUUAUAAGCUUGAUUUCAAUAGCACAGUUGAUGUGAUACUGCAAAAUGCAAAUGGAUUAGUCGAUAAUAGUAGCGAAAUCCAUCCGUGGCAUUUGCACGGGCACGAUUUCUGGGUCUUGGGAUACGGAGAUGGUAAAUUCGCUACGGAAGAUGAGAAACAAUUCAACUUGAACAAUCCGCCAUUGCGAAAUACUGUUGUGAUAUUUCCUUUUGGAUGGGCUGCUUUGAGGUUUGUAGCAAGAAAUCCAGGGGUAUGGCCAUUCCAUUGUCAUAUCGAAUCACAUUUUCAUAUGGGAAUGGGUGUAAUUUUUGCUGAAGGUGUUGACCGUAUUCGUAAGGUACCCCGUGAAGCUCUUGGUUGUGGAUUGACAAAGAAGAUGGUUAAGAUUAAGUAG